GAGAUAGACAUCAGUCGGGACCGUUUCCCGUAUUGUAUAGUAUGGACUCAACUACCGGUCUUGUCCUGGCUACUACCAUUCAUUGGUCAUGUGGGGAUAUGUGACAGUGGAGGGAAAGUACACGACUUUGCUGGGCCAUAUUAUGUAUCGGUAGACAACAUGGCCUUCGCAAGACCAAAGAAGUACAUGUUGAUGUAUCCUGGGGAUCGCGAACGUGCAGUGUGGGACGAGGCGAUCGAUUUCGGAGACACCGUUUUUCGAGAGCGAAUGCAUAACCUGUUUUGCAACAAUUGUCAUCAUCAUGUCGUCGCUUGUCUCAAUCACCUCCGUUACGGGGGAGUACGAAACUGGAAUCAGUUCGCCCUCUGCUGGCUCCUCAUGGUUAACGGCCAUGAUGUCUCGUGGAAGGCCACUGUCCAAAUUUGGGCACUAUUCGUCUCCAUCGUAGUACUGAUAUU